AUGGCCACGGAGCGCUGGAAGACGGCGCUGAGAGUCGACAGCGCUGAUCGCCUUGAAGAGGCUUGGAUCGCCAUCGACUUUUCCAUCGGAGAAGAUGAAAUACUGCGCCACCUAGCUGAUCUCCCGCCUGACCGGCCCAGCACGCCUCUUGGCUAUGAGCUGGAAGACCACCGAGUUCGACACGCCCGCUGGAACACAGCUUUUGUUGCAGAAGCUCGCACUGGACAGUCUCCAGACAUCCUGAAAGCCACUCGGGGCUUUCUUGAGUUUGAUGCGAUCACUAAAGUCACUGAAGCACUUCAAACCCUAUGCGACGAGCAACUGGCAGGUCGCUGCCAGACCCACUCCGUGGCCUACCAGGAGACGUUCUUCAGUGAGGAUGACUACCUGCCGUGUGGUGAAUCCCAACCAAGCUGGACGUCAACGCUACAACUGUGGCAGCACGAAGCACUUUGCUCGCGGCAGAAAGGCAAACCAAAGGGCAAGGGCAUUGGCAACCCCUCACCGGUCGUGAACACCUACAACUCUGAGCUGUACGCGGCCCUUCCGUUCAACAAGGGACUCUUCAACAGUGGAGCCACCGCAUCAGCUGCACCGCAGGAAACCCUUGAAGCCCUUGAAGGCCUAAUCCAGGCCGCGUUGAAGCAAGAUCGCUCAGCUCAUGUCGACGUGGCGCAGAAUGAGAGACCCUUGCUCAGGUUUGGAAGCGGGAAGUGGGGUCACGCACUCUACCGGGUUCGCAUUACCUCGAACGCUUCCGGAGAACCUGGCACUUUUGCGGUCUUUUCCCUGCCGAACCCGGCCGAGUACCACCAUCCGGACUUCGACAAGACGACCUUGGCGCGCGUCUUCUCCGACGACCACCUCUUAAAAACCAUGGAGUACAAGAGCUGGAACUACAACCCGCUCUCGCUGAAGGAGGAAGGUGAUGCAUGGCUGGACCACCAACGUGGCACGGACCUGCAAAGACUGCGCACUAUGAACCCCAAUGAUCCUGGCGCCUACAAGAGCCUGAUGGCAGUACCAUGUGAAACACUUUGCGCCGCCUUCAGAUCCUGCUGCACUAUUCCCAUGGAAGACGAUGAGGAGUACACCCCAUCCCUGGGACCACCUGAAGAGGAGGAUCCGACGUCUGCUGCAGAACCACCGGAUCCAAACGAGCUCGACUUGAAGAGACUGACGCUCUUGAAAGAAGCGCACCAGGAAGUCACUGACCUGAACAUCUACGAAGCUCUCCUGGAUUUGUCCUUCUUGGUCCGCAAGAUCAACGCCGCCGAGGUCAAUCUGAAACGGCUGACGCCGAUUGAGCAAGCUCUUUUCCGCUUCGCCAAGGGCAAGGAAGUCAAUUCCUUCAUCAAGAACAUCGCCGUCCACAAGUGCCUGAACGACGAAGAAGUUCGGCAAGCCUACACCUCCGGACGCAUCGUCCGUGCGAGAUGGGUGUUGACAUGGAAGGCGAUUCCUCCUGAUGAACGUGCACUUGCUGCCAAAGAAGCUCUCGAAGAAGGAACUGUUGCGCACCCUGAUGGCACAAAGAAGGCGAAGGCCGAUGAGGAACUUUGGACAACCGGCGUGGCCGAACUGGAGGAAGCGCUUCAAGUUCCACAGAAUGCAACGCUUCCACAACUGGAGCACGAGGUCAUUGGUUUGACCUUCAUCGCACCUUGGAAAAGUGCGGAGCAAAGGCUGCCUUGGGAGAACGCUGCCUCUGGCUCUCCUCCGCCGAGAAGGAUAACGCCUACAUUGAUGGCCUGGCUGACCUUCAAAUUGAUCCUGAACGCCUUCGAGGUGAAGGACAGCUCACAAGCGCGGAGAUCAAUGAAUGCGACCCUUGGAGGACUCCAAUGGCUGGCCACUCAACCGCAGUUGAACGCAAGACGCAACCUCCUCAUCUCUGAGCUCCUCACUGACUCAACCCUACAGUCCAUGGUGAUGGAAGUUCGCCGUGACCACUACACCCUGGAAUACUUCCGCAUUCCAACUGCCGCCACAUGGGCAGAUCUGGUCUUCAUCACCUUCGGCGAUCAAGCGCACAACAACAGGCCAAAAGGCGACUCCACCGGUGGGAUGAUCACCACACUGGCUGGCCCAGAAUGCAAAGAUGGCCAUGUGUGCAAGAUGAUGCUCCUCCAAUGGAAGACUUGGAAGCUUCGCCGCAAGGGUGCUCUGGUCAGAUCAACGGUGGUGGACACCUUUGACAAAGUGUCCGAGAAGAUUUGGUUGAGCAGCAAGCUCGACUGGUGGCAGCGCUCCAAGCCUCUCAGCUUCGAGACAGUCUCCAAAGGGUCGGCUCGGAACUUCGAUGGCUGGCGUCGGACUAUGACAAAGAAGAAGGCCGACUGCCGCGAUGGCCUGGAGACCUUCAUGAAGACUGGGAAGCGGCGCAUCCGCUUCGACCCGGAGUUCAACUCCUACCGCCGCAACAAGAAGAGCGGACACACCGCCAGCAAGAGGUGA